CGAGGAGGUCCCGGGUUCAAUUCCCGGUUAGGCCCUUUUUCUUGCUCUCCCCCAUGUGCAGAUCUUCACCCAUUAACCAGUUAAUGCUCCCCACACGCUUCAGUGCUUGUAUCCAUCUUAUAUACAUCGCCCUUAAUUUGUGACUAGUCUAUCACUGGUGUUUGACGGUCCGCUACAUCGUGUGCCCUACUUCACGCCAGUCACAGAUCUGUCCCUUACCCUUGGCACACUGAUUUCAAAUGUUGUCCCCGCCGCUCUCAAUCACGCUGACGGUCACUUCUGUCCUCGCCCUGCUGUUCAUCGUCGCGUAUCAAGGACAAGAUCUUGGACUUCGCCAUGCACCGUUUCCUCAUGCUCAACAGGAGCCUAUCCUCGCCGCAUUCUCACGACACAGAGGACCCUUGCCGAUCCCCUCGCGCACCUUCGUUAUCUCGCUUCUGCGACGCCAAGAUCGACGCGAGGACAUGGAGCGGCUGCGUGCACGUCUCAAUGAGGCUGGUGAUUCGAUGGGUGAGAUCCAGUGGUCGUUCGUCGACGCAUUAGAGGCGGCGAGCCCCCUUGUGAGCAAUAUUCUGGCGAGCGUGAGGACGCUGCGCACGGCUGUUGCAAGCAAACCCGAAGCAAUCUAUGGCGACCGCGAAAUCAAGCUCCCGUUCUCCUGGCCUGUUGAAGACGAGUCCACUACGCUCAAUCCUACCACUUUCUGGACUGACACUGCUCGCUCUCUCCGCCACCACACCAUCCAUCAAGACUCGACGCCGCUAACUUGUGCCACUGAGAAUCUCACGAUCCCGACAUAUACACCUGAGCUACCAGAAUGGAAGAUCCUCUCUCGCAAUCGCAUCGCCGUGUGGCAUUCCCACUUCUCGACUGUCCGCUUAGCUGAGUCUCUCAACGCGCGCGAAGAUGAAGAGCUUGAAACGGCGACACUGAUACUGGAAGACGAUGUGGAUAUGGAGAGUGAUGUCCGCGAACGCCUGCGCGAGAUGUGGCCUGCGCUGCCGAGAGAAUGGGACAUCAUCUUUCUCGGCCAUUGCUGGUCCGACGAAACGCUCCACGCGCCCAUCUACGUGUCCUCCACGUCUCACACGGCUCUGCACCCAUCAAACGCACCUCUUUGUACUCAUGCAUACGUCCUUUCUCCCAAAGGGCUGCGGCGUCUUCUCUGGCACCUCAGUCACCCGCCGUUCUCGUACUCCCGCGCUUACGACCGGGCUGUUGCGUGGCUCGUCCAGAGCGGGCGGAUGACUGGAUUCUCGGUUGUCCCUAGUGUCGUGGUGCAGCGCAAGAUCGGCAGCAGCGAUGUGAUGUCUGGGACAGGAAGCCGGUGGAAGGACUCGCUGGCUGAUGGAAUCCUCGACCGGUUGUAAGUAGAAGAGGUGGCAUCUAGUAUCGAUCCAGAAGAAUCAUAUG